UCAACUUUCCCAUCAACCAACAGAACAAAAUUCUUAUCCAAGAGAAUAAAUAAUUGUUGAUUUAACAAAAUUAAACAUCAGCUGAGAGAAACAACACACCAGAAUCUCUCCACUGAAAUUAUACUGAAAUUAAAAGGAUAGUAGAACUAGAAGACACCCCAUAAUUAAAUCAAUCUCUAAUGGAACAACGGGAAGCUCGUCUCAUCGUUGAGGAGGAGAAAGAAGAAACAGCACCAAAUGAACAACUACUUGCUCAUCAUCAGAAAACAAAACGUGUUGCAUCUCUUGAUAUCUUCAGAGGUCUUACUGUUGCGGUGAUGAUAUUGGUGGAUGAUGCUGGAGGAGAAUGGCCAAUGAUCAGUCAUGCACCAUGGACUGGCUGUAAUUUGGCAGACUUUGUCAUGCCAUUUUUUCUCUUCAUUGUUGGGAUGGCUAUUGCUCUAGCACUCAAGAGAAUCCCAGACAGGCUUGUUUCUAUAAAGAAAGUGAUUAUUAGAACAAUCAAACUUGUCUUCUGGGGUCUCAUCUUACAAGGAGGGUACUCGCACGCUCCUGACAAGCUAACAUAUGGAGUUGAUAUGAAACAUAUAAGGUGGUUUGGCAUCCUUCAGAGGAUUGCUCUUGUGUACGUAGUCGUUUCACUACUGGAGAUCACUACGAAAAAUGCCCAAACCAAGGAUAUUGCACCUGGUGGAUGGUCUAUAUAUACUCUAUACAGUUGGCACUGGAUAGCAGGUGCAUGCAUUCUAGCUGUAUACUUUUCCGUACUCUAUGGGACUUAUGUUCCCGACUGGAAGUAUACUGUCCACAACAAAGACAGCCCUGACUAUGGGAAGGAUUUCAUUGUUAUAUGUGGUGUAAGGGGAAGAUUGGAUCCUCCUUGCAAUGCUGUGGGAUAUGUUGAUAGAGAAGUAUUAGGAAUCAAUCAUAUUUAUCAACGCCCAGCUUGGAAGAGAUCUAAGGCUUGCACUGAUCGAUCCCCUUAUGAGGGGCCUUUCCGUAAAGAUGCUCCAUUAUGGUGCCAGGGACCAUUCGAACCUGAAGGACUUCUAAGCUCAAUAGCAGCUAUCCUCACGACAAUCAUUGGGGUGCAUUUUGGACACGUUCUCAUACACAUGAAGGGUCACUUGGAUAGACUGAAACAUUGGCUGGGAAUGGGUCUUUCACUCCUUACAUUAGGACUUGUUCUGCAUUUCACAAAUGGUAUUCCAUUAAACAAGCAGUUGUGCAGCUUCAGUUAUGUUUGUUUGACCGCAGGGGCAGCAGGAUUGGUGUUUUCGACCUUAUAUGUUCUGGUUGACAUCUUCGGGUUGGGUUAUCUCUUUUUGCCUCUGGAGUGGAUUGGUAUGAACGCUAUGCUUGUUUUCGUACUGGCAGCAGAAGGAAUAUUUGCAGGAUUUAUCAAUGGAUGGUACUACGAAGAUCCUCAUAACACAUUGAUAUAUUGGAUAAAGAAACACGUCUUCAUAGGAUUGUGGCACUCAAGAAAAGUAGGCAUUUUACUUUACGUUAUAUUUGCAGAAAUCCUAUUCUGGGGUCUUGUUGCGGGCGUUUUGCAUCAGUUUGGUAUUUAUUGGAAGCUUUAGUAGCUUAUUAUGAUCGGUUAUUCUUAAAUCUGUAUGAACCAAAAAAAAAAAAAAAAUUAUCGGAAGCUUUAGCAACUUCUGAUCAGAUAUUCUUAAAUCUGUAUUAAUUCAAAGCACUGAAAAAUGAACUUUGUCAUUUCUC